AAUAAAUAAAUAUUCAUUCCGUGACCAAUAAAUCAAUAAAAUCAAUAAAAUCAACAAAAUCAAUAAAAUCAAUGAUUACUGAUAUAAUUUCACUUGUAUGCCUUAUACGGUAAUGCAUUAUGCAUUAUGCGUUAUGCGUUAUGCGUUAUGCAUUAUAUGUGUUAGAGAUCAGGAUAUGCAUUAUAUACGUUAAUUAUGCGCAACCGGAACCAAAAAGAAACCAGGAGAUAAUAAUCAAACGGUUUAUGUCGGAUGAAAUCAAUAACAAUACAAUUACAAUAAUAUAUCUUUUAUAUUUAAGUAUUAUGUAUGUUUUAAAAGAUUAUUUUAAUCAACCAAAGGAUAAACUUAAAACGAACAAAUAAUAAAAUUAUGAUUCG